AUGAUAUUGAAGAUCAAAAGAGUUCGUGAAGAAGACAAAUACGUUUACACCAUAAUCGCCAAGAUUGCAAAACCUUGUCCCUCUGAUUCAAACCCUUCUUCUAACCUGAAGUUAGAUUCAGGUUCUUUCUAUCUCCCCAAGAAAUCUCGCGGAGACGAUGCUCAUUUCGUAUCCCAUACCCACCAGACCGUCGGAGUGGCUGACGGGGUCGGCGGUUGGUCAAAGAUAGGCGUUGAUGCCGGCAACUUCGCAAGAGAGCUAAUGAUGAACGCGCACGGAGAAGUGGAAAGUAGUGAAGUUGUUGAUCCAAGAAAAGUGCUGAAUGAGGCUUUCUUGAAGACCAAGGCUGAGGGAUCAUCCACCGCCUGCGUUCUCACCCUCAAAGAUAGUUCUCUAAUCGCUGUUAAUGUCGGAGAUAGUGGGUUUAUGGUGCUCCGGGAGAAGAAGCUGAUGUACCGGUCGCCGCCGCAACAACACCGGUUCAACUACCCGUAUCAGUUGGGUAAGAGUGAGAAGAGCGAUCGUCCUCAGUCGGCCUUGCAUAUAGAAGUGGGGGUUAUGGCGGGAGACGUUGUGAUUGUGGGUACGGAUGGAUUGUGGGACAACAUUCACCCUACACAGAUUGAAUAUAUUUUAAUGAGAGCUGGCGAUGAUGAGUCAUGUUGCGCCCCUAAAGAAAUUGCAGAAAGAAUUGGAGCGGUUGCUUUUUUCAACUCCCGCAACAAAGAUUAUGAUUCGCCAUUCGCAAUUGCUUCCAGAAAGGCAGGACGUAAUCACAAAGGAGGCAAGAAGGAUGACAUUACUGUUCUCGUUGCUUUCGUCAAAUCCUCCGUAUCACACCCUUGA